CUAAAUGGAACACGGCCGCUGUGAUCUAGAGGAGGUCCGGAGAUGUAAACAAGGUCAGUGUGUAUGCUGCAGCGUGCGCGAGCUCGGGUGCAGCUUCUGCUCGUGCAUCGCCUCUGCACUGAACCCAGAAUAUUACAGCUGAACAUCUUCACAGGUGAUUUCAGUGCUAAUCAGCCAAGAUGAUACACUGUCUCCAGUUCCUUGUCGAACCGGCCAAGAACUUCACCGUCAAGCUUAAGGAGUCUCGCAACAAGGCAAAAGAUGAGAAGAAAGAGUCUCUGGAUGAGAGCCAAGAAUUUAUCGUGAACUUGGCCAAGGACCUGAGCAGAGUCUGCCAGAUGUCUGAGGUGCUGGAGCACAUCACCAACUGUGAGGACGUCUGGCCCACUUUGAACUGUAGAGCUUUUAUUCUGGAGUGGGCAUCCCUGCUGGAGAGCAAGAAAAGGCCACUGCAGACUGAUGGCUGGCCAGAGAACAAUAACUGGAUGGAGCUGGCUCUGAGCAGCGAGCAGGAUAUAGAGAAUGCGAAAAGGCUCAUUAUGACCUGGAUCAAGGACCUGAGGGCUCAGCCAGAGCAGAGCGUGUGGCCCGGCGAGCAGGUGGUGAUGGUGCUGGAGGAUCUGCAGAAGCAGUGGCGACGAGGUCGUGUUCCGACUCUCCAGACUGCCGUGGAGCUGAUCUUCUGGACUCUAUUGACAAAAGAGCUGGACAAGGAGACUAUUCCACAGCAGUGGCUUAUAUGGAAGCAAAAGAGUCAGAAAAUCGGUGCUACUCCUUAUAUUCCUCAGACUGUAUGGGACUGGAUCUGCGAUGCUGCAGUGGAGGUGACUCUCGACUUGGACACGGCGAACCCGGACCUGCUGAUUUCGGCUGACGAGAAGCGCAUGCGCUGUGGCUUCGAUCGCCGAGACAUUCCCAACUACCACCAGCGCUUUGAUGGCUGGUGGUGCGCCGUGGGCACCGAGGGCUUCGGCUUGGGUCGCCGCUAUUGGGAAGUCGACGUCGGGGAGAUGGACUGGAGGCUGGGCGUAGCUAAAGAGUCUGCAUUGCGCAAAGGCUUCAAGUCACUCAACACCAACACGGGUUACCUGACCCUGAGGCUGGAGCGAGGCGUCGAGCUGAAGGCGCUCACCGUGCCCUUCACGGCGCUCCCGGAGUCUCUCAUCCCGCGCAGGGUUGGCGUCUACCUGGAUUACGAGCGAGGCCAGCUGUCCUUCUACGACGCCGAGCGCCACUCGCACAUCUACACGUACAACGAGCGCUUCGACGAAAAGCUCUUUCCCCUCUUCGGUACGGUCGAGAUUGUCAGUGACCUGGUGAUCAGAUCCCCUGGGGACAGGGGUAACUGCUUCUGUUUGUGGGGCUGAGGGGCCUCAGUCCAAACCUGCUCUAGUGUUUUCAAAAGAAUUAGCAAUAUUAAUUGAAUGGGUAACAAGUCAUCAGUAGAGAAUGACGGCAAUCCUUAGCUCUAUUAAGCUCUAUAUAGCUCUGACCCCCUCAGCAAACAAGUCUGUUAUUGCUAUUCCUGCUGCUGCUUCUGUUGUACUUGCUAUGGUACUACUCGCACCUUAUUAGAAAGCAACCUGCGCACUUUCAUGUACUUGACAAAUGAUAAUGUACCAGUGAUUUGUGAUAUAGUAUUCCAGUCAAUAAAAAUGCACUUUCUGUGAAUAAGAAGUCUUAAUAAAUGUAACUUCUGCUCAA